UAUGCACACUUUUGGCCGAAGUUCUUUCGGCGAACAGUGGUGAGGUCGGGCUUCACGACGCUUUUGCAGGGGAUUCCAAUAGUGCUUCGACGGCAGAAGAUAAUAGGAUCUGCCGGUGGUGUCGGUUGCCAUGUCGACGCCAUCAACAGAAGGCCGGUACCAUUCACACAGGGAGGGCAGCAAUUAUUGCCUCCUCGCGAUCCCAGUGUAGGAAUUGACACACCCCCAAGUGGUCGGGUUGUAGUUGGUUGCGUCAGGUUUGUUGUGCUGACGACAACCGUCCGUUUGAGCGGCUGGGCUACAGCCACAUGUCAUUGCAACUGUACCAACUGCCUCGUCGUUUGGCCCCACUUUCGCCCAGCUGAGGCUUUAUCACUCCGGUACCGAUUGCAUAAUGCCCUAAGCCUGGACAGCCGACAACCUUUGCAGGCAAUGGAACGUCUAAUUUCCCUCUGGCUACUUGCAAUUCUGUCAAGAGGUUGGAGUCAAACCGAUCCUCCUACUGGUACCGAGGAAAAUGAGCCCAACAUCCCCACACACCAGCUUUCGCGCAUUCUUAUCAAUCCCUGCCAGCAGACCCGGAAUGCCCGUUUUGGAGAUGGGCAGUCGGAGAACAGCCCUUUCGGUAAAAUGGUAGCAAAAAGCAGAAGGCGCAGAAUGCUAAGUUCCACGCCUUCUGGAGCAGCCAUACCCGACUGGUGUUGUCAAAAGGCUGUAGGCACUAGUUCUGGAGGCCUGGGAUGGCAAAACUGCCAAUCUUUAAGGCGUCCUGGUGUCUUGGCUAUCAUACACUUUAGGUACCAAAAGGGAGCUCAAUACUAUUUGUGCAUGUUAAUGACUUGUGUGAUGAUGGGACAGGAUGCUGUCCACCGGAGGAACUGCGGCCCAGGACCUGUCAAUAAAGAAUAA